GCGCCGCCAGCGCUUCCGCCAUUGGUCCCGCGUACACUUCGAAGACCUGAUAGCAGUAUGCCCUGGGACAAACGCACUGUUGGGUUCGAGCUAUGUAUGAUGCUAUCUCCAUUUUCGGACGUUGUCUGCUACUUCGCAUCCGACCUCGGUGGGUUGUCAGGUGUUGCUUUGAUCCUCUGUAACCACGUGAGAUCAUCCGCAGCACCUGAUCUACCACGUCCCAUGUUGCCGUCCGUUCUAGUCAUAGUAGAAAGCUUCGCGGCCUCUUUCGACGGUGACGAGGCCAGCAAUAAGCUUUUAGGAUUGGUGGCUGCCCAGCUCGACCCCGAUGCUGUUGAUCCUCGAGGUUCCCUCCAAGCCCACUUCCGUUGCGUAGAGGUUGUUGGCGUCAAUCCCCGCUCUACAAUUAAGGCACGUGCCAAUGUCAUCCUCGGAAAUAUCGAUCACAUGCGUCAAGACUCCAAUCGCGCGCGCCUGACCUGUGGCAUGAAUUUGAACCGGGGGCAUUUUGCGGCUUUGGUCGACCGCAUGUUGAGUCGAUAUGCCAACCAAUCCACACUGUCCUUCUCUUUCGCAACGUCCUCUAGAGCGGCUGGAUGGUGCACCGAGCGAUUGACCGCGAAUCUGCAAGAUAUACUCGCCAUCAUGCCGUCAGAAUCGUGGUGCUUCCUUUUGCUUUGUCCACUCCUCGCGUCUGCUAUUAUCCUCGCAUGCUAUCCACCUGGGUGCCAUAACUUUCCAAUCACAUGGCUUUAUGAUCAUUUGUUCCGGUCCUCUGUAGAAACCGUUAUCAAUCAUCAUUUUGUACAGGGCUCGUCUCGUACAGGAUUCUAUGCUACACUUGCAAGAUAUCUCGCUUCUUAUCACAAGGAGGUGCUCGCGGGAAAUUAUUCCAUCGCGCUUCACAAGCGGAAUCUGGCUGCAUUGAAGUCAUAUCUCAAGGACACCAAGACAAACAACGCAUGCCUUUCUUGUGUUGUCGGCACCUGCGGUAAAGUCCUUCACUGCGGCCAUGCCAUGUGUGAUACAUGCAUUCGCACUUUAGCGUCGAGGUCCGGGUCAAAGUCGAACAGUUUUCUCCUUUCAGCGUGUCCGUUAUGCGGAGAGCCUAACCAUAAACCUGCUUUUCGUCUGAUGCCGCCUACUGCUGGUGUUCGAGCACUAAGCUUAGAUGGCGGUGGAGUCAAAGGAAUCAUCCCUCUUGUAGUACUUCAAAGCCUCGAAAAGGAGCUUAUGUUCCUAGAUGUCCCGUUGCACGAACAUUUCGACUUCGUAGCAGGCACAUCAGCUGGUGGCCUUAUCGCGAUCGGCUUGUUUUUGAUGGGCUGGUCUACGACAGAGUGCAUAUCCAAGUUCGAAGCUAUCGCAACUAAGACAUUCGCGUCGAGUGAUACGGUAAGCACUUUGAGAAGAAUGCGGCAAUUAUUGGUAGCAUUUCUCCGCGACUGGAAGCAUAGCUCGUCAGCUAUCGAGGAUGCCUUCAAAUCUGACGCAGACGUCGAGGUUAAGAUGUUCAAUCCCUUAGUGAGCGAUACAAAGGUAGCAGUGACUAGCAAUACCACGACGGCGCUGAACCCCGAGCCGUGCAUCUUCUCCAACUACAAUCACAGCGCAAAUGCUGUGACAGACAGCGCAUACACCGUCAUCCGAGCAACCGACCCUGCGCGAGAUGUCAGCCUUGCCCAAGCGGCAACAUGCACUUCUGCAGCUCCACUAUUCUUCAAGCCGGUUACUCUUGAGAACAUCGGCACGUUCCAAGACGGUGGGCUCAGGCACAAUAAUCCCGUCCGAAUCUGCAAAUGGGAGAUCGCUCGAGUGUGGCCGACGAAGCCUACGCCGGACUUCGCGCUGUCUAUAGGCACCGGCAAGACGGCAUCAGUGUCUCAUGUCGGGUGCAGCCUACCAUACAGGAAGUCGCUUCUGAGAGUAUAUGAUAGUUUCAUGCAGAGCAUGGACGGCGAAAGAAUUUGGUCUGAGUUUAAUGGCAGCCUCUCGAUGGCUGACAAGGAGAGAUAUCACCGAGUCAACAUCACACUACGAGAUCCCGAACCGGUGCUUGAUGACCUUUCAGCUCUAGAGAGCCUGAAGACGACAGCUAUGGAUGCUGUCCGAAAAGGUAUUGAUCUACGCUUGAUGCAGGAUAUUGUGCUAGCUUCCAUGUUCUACUUCGAAUUUGACAAGAUGCCAUCGUGGAAAGGGACAUCGUGGCUGUGCGAAGGUUCAAUUCUGUGUCGGCUGGAGCUCUCUCCCGAUGGCCGACGUGCCUUGUAUGAGAGACUUCUUCGCUCUACAGCCUUCUUUUUUGUGUUUGGAACACCUGUGUCCUGCAUAGAACCGUCUUUGAAAGGCGCUCCAUCAUUUCGGCGACGUAUCCAUUUCACUUUGCCAACUCUUGCAGACGAAGUCAGGAUAACGCUAGGAGGAAUCACAUCUGCACAUCUCCGUAUAAGUGGAUUGCCUCGAAGCGCUGAAGGUUUGCUCUCGCUGCAGCAAUUUGAUGCACCAUUCGGUCGUUCAGAUCAUUCGAUGCUGGAGAAGCCUCUGCCGAAGCUGCCGGUAAAGCGAAAAAGACGACAAAUGGCUGAUCGUUCCUAUAGAGACUGA